AUGAGCGCCAUUCACAGCCCUUCUCUGAUGGCGGACGAUGAUUGCGCCAAAACAGCAUUGGGACGUCGCCAUCGCGACUCUCUCGAAAUUCUCCCACCAAUGCGCAAGGCUGCUACUGGAGACUGGGAUGUCCCAAUCAGAAGGUGUCGCACGCUCGACGUAAGUGAUCAUAAACAACGUACUGACUCAACGAAUGUAGAAUUGCCAUACCGAACCAAGACUCUUAGCCAAAAGCAAGCCAGUAGGGAAGGCGAUAUAGAAGCAGCAUUCUCAGAAAAAAAAGCAAUCUCUUACAAGGACAAGAGCACUGUAUCCAAAGACACCACACUCGCCGCUACCUCUAAAGAUCGUUUUUUAAAACUCUACGACCCGCGAAAGCCAUACGACUUCAGCGCGCCAUACGACCCGCGACAUCCUCAACUCCCCUCCAUCUAUCGCAGCUCAGACGACUCUCGAAUGACUUACGACCCCUUCAACUCUGAAUUACCGUCAAUCUAUCGUAAAUACAAACCGUGGAUUCAGACUGUAGAUGGCUCAGACAAUGAACCUGUCGAAUAUGUCUCGCGCCAAUGUACGGCGGAUAGAUAUCUGGCUGCUGCUCGCGCUGCGAGAGCUAUAAAAGGGUUGAGAGACGAUGAGGCCAUUGAAAGUAUCAGAGACGACGAGGCUAAGGAGAUUACCAGGAGAGUUCGCCAGGGUAGAGACGCACAGCGAAAGGUGAUGGAGGAGGAAGAGAUGAGAGUGCGGCGUAAGAUGUUUGAGGAGACUGUUAAGUUGAUUCCUGCACCGUUGAAUUUGGUUAAGGGGAAGGAAGCGAAGGCUUAA